AUAUAUAAAUAUAUUUUUCAAAUAUAACACUUAUAAUAGUAGAGUUUCUACAGAGAUCAAUAGCGAAAACAUAUCUAUGCGGUUCAAUAACAUAAUUGCGAAAGUUUUUUGACAUUUCUCUUAGAAUCGUUAUUAUACUUUUGUUUAAGCUAGGUGGAUAUCGCAUCUGCGCAUUAAUUGUUGGACAGUAGUCAUAAGUGAAGAUUUUUGUUACGUACGACAAAUACGUAUAUAGCGUUCAAUAACAAUUGUUUGUUAAAUCGCAAUUUUAUAAUAGUCAUUUGUGUAAGAAAUUACAUAUCUGGCUUUUAUUAAUUUAUCGUGAUUGUAAAUAAAAUAUUAAUAAUCAAACUUAAUUCCUAAUAUUUUAGUGGUUGUUACUUAUUAAAUACAAAUUAAUAAUCAUAUUUUCGUGUCAUCUUUUAUGCUGUUUUAUACUUGAAAACGGAAAUAUUCAUGAAUUUAAAUAUAGUUUCAUUACAUUAGAUAUUGUUAAACAAUGUACAAAGCAAGUCAAGAACCUGAUAUACCUGCAGCAUUAGGUUUACUUACACAUUUAACUAAUGACGAACUUAAAGAAUUAUUAAAUAAUGACAACAAAUUUGAAGAUAUCGUCAAAGACAUAAAACAGUUUAAAGAUUUAGAAACAGAGAAGGAAAUGUUAAUGGCAAGUAACAGGUCUUUGGCAGAGUUCAAUUUAUCCAAACAACCAGAAUUACAAGAUAGUAAACAGACUUUAAAAGAGCUCAGUGAAAGAGGAAGUAGUUUAUGUGCAAAUGUGAAAGAGAAACUGGAAGAAUUAAAAGAAAAAUCUGGCACAAUGAGUGUUGAUACUGCUUUAGAUCUGUUGCAGACAGCUGCUGCUGAAAUUGAAGAAGAAUCAGAGGCUAUAGCAGAGAAAUUCUUGGCUGGAAGCAUGGAGGUAGAUGAAUUUUUAGAACAAUUUCUUUCACGAAGAAAAUUAAUGCAUCUGCGCAAAGUUAAAGUAGACAAGCUAAAAGAGUUAAUACGAAAAUCACAUUCCUCUGGUGGUCCAAAUUAUCCAAUUGCUAGUAAUUUUCCUAGUAUAGCACCUGCAAUUCCUUAUCCAACCGGACCUGUUUCUAUGCCCAUGCCUGUACCAUCUGGUUUACCGCAUUAUAGGCAAUAUUAAAUUUCUCAAUUGAGAUGCAGAAAAUCUGUUAUUCUUCAAACAUGGAUAAUAUUCAUUGUAAAAAAAAUAUGUAUUCUAAACAAUCGAAAUUUCUUGUAAGGUAAAUAAGUUUACUCAUAUAAUAAUAAACAGGACAAAAUGUUUAGAAUUGAAACAUUAUAAUAAUAAAAUUUUUUAACACGUUUAUUUCGUACAAUAUAUAUUAGAAAUUGUUGAUCUAGUACUUUUGUCCAGUAAUAAAUUAUUUUGAAAAUUGUCAUUUACUUUUAGAAUACAAAAUUUAGGAAAGAGAAGAAUUAAAAUAGAAGCAUUGUUUCAAUUGACACGUACCCCUGAUUUAUGAGUAAUAAAGUAUACUUUCUUUUAUAGUUGAGAUAAAAUUAUUUUUAAUUACACUAUUUUUGUACAAUAAUAAUUCAAUUGUAAUGAAACACAAUUUUAAUAUAACUACAAUUUUACUAUAACUAUAAUUUUAUAUCAUUCAUCAUGUUGUGGUUUUCCAAAAAGAAUAAAUACAAUAAUUAGUGCACAUACUGAUACAAUUACUGCACGUUUGUCAGUUUUAACUUUAUGUUCUUCAGCUCCACCUGUAUAUUUUUCAUAUUUCAGAUAUUCUUUGAAAUUAGCAUUUCUUUUCAUUUGCCUCUCAAAUGCUAUUCCGUAAUGUUCUUUGGACCAUUCAUCAAAAUCAAAAAUUUUACCUGUUGAUGGAGUACUAUGAUCACGUACAAUUUUUGUAUCCUGAUAUUUACGUAUAUUCAGAUGCUUAGUUACAAUAGUUCUGUCAUAUUGUUUGCGUAACUUAUGGUUACCAAGUACCUCGUAUGCAUCAGAAACUUGUUGAAAUAUUUCUUUUGCUGUUUUGCUUUUAUUUCUAUCAGGAUGAUAUUCUAAUGUUAAUUUGUAAUAUGCAGAUUUUAUUUCAUUAUGCGUAGCAUUUGAAGAUAUCUUCAGAGUGUCAUAAUGAGUUUUAGAUUCUGUAGAAAAAUUCAUUUUCAUAUUUAUAAUCAGUGUAUAUCGUUUUAAUAUUUUAAUCAUAAUUCUUGUAUUAAAACAUGUUGGAUAUUGAAUAAACAUGAUUAUAUUUACACAUGAAAAUAUUAUUUUUUCUCUAAUAAAGAUUAUUGCAUAAUUACAAUGCAAGCAUAUAAUUGUUUUCCAUAUUUUCUAUAAUUUCAUACACUCAAAAGGAGAAGUAAUUGACAUUCUGAAACGAAAGAAGCUAAGUUAGAGCAAAAAAGUUACUAUGCUUAGGUAAUUUAUAACAGAAUUAUUCACUCAUGUUGAAAUAUAUAGGCACAGAUUUUAUUUAUAAAACAUUUGCACAUAUUCUAUACCUUAU